UUCAAACUGAAUGGGGGCACCUUUUUUUAUUUAUCAAUGAUUUGACUCAAAGAAGGUUGUAAUGAAUGGGCUCGGUAGGUCGGAAAUGGAACUUCUGGCUUCUGCUUCUGCUUCUUCUUCUACUUCUACUACUUCUACUUCCCCUGACUCUCCUCCCAACACUUUAAAAUUUGGUCAAAAAAUCUACUUUGAACAUGUUGGACCUCAGCACCUAAAAUCAGCAACUGGGUUCCAUCGGUUGCCAGAAUUUGACCAAGGGAAACGCAGUUGCCGCAGGCGCCUAGCAGGCCAUAAUGAGCGUCGGAGGAAACCUCCACCUGGAUCUCUUUUGUCUAAUCGCUAUGGAAGUCUUUCUUCAUCAAUAUUUGAAAACAAUGGCAGAUCUGGAAGUUUUCUGGUCGACUUCACUGCAUAUCCAAAUCUCACUGGAGGUGCAUGGCCAAAUACUAGAUCAUCUGAUCGAGGAUGGGAUAAUCAAUCCACUGCAUCAGGGAAGCUUCUCCAAAGUCAUUGGCUGAACGGUUCUGAAAAUCCUACAUCCGACCUUGUUCUGCAAGGUUCAGUUGCAAGGGGUGCCAAUUAUUCUGGUCCUGGUAUUAUUCCUUCCGGAAAUUGCUUCUCUGGAGUCUCAGAUUCCAGUGGUGCUCUCUCUCUUCUGUCAAAUGAGUCAUGGGGCUCGAGGAACCAAUCCUCUAGCCUCGGGGUUAACGGCUUGGUUAACACUGAUGGCGGACAUACCGUUCAGCCAUCGGGUUCCCAUGCUGCUCCUGUCAAUCACUACUCAGGCUCUCUAUGGGGAUUUAAAGGAAAUGAAGCUAGUAGCAGUUCACAUGCAAUACCUCCUGAUCUCGGGCUUGGUCACAUUUCUCAACUUGCUGUCAAUCAGUACUCUGCUGAGCUUGGGAUGGCUCAGCACAGUGGAAGACAGUACAUGGAACUGGAGCACUCAAAGGGUUACGAUUCUUCUGUUCAGAAUGUGCACUGGACACUUUGAGUGUCAUCUCCUUCAUAUCUAACUAUCGUUGUUGUAGGAAGACUUUUGUUCAAUAAAUGGCAUCGUGUUUAUCAGGCUGUAUGUUGACUAAUGGCACUUUUUAUGAUGCUACCUUUGUGCAACUCUCCGAGACUUGAUCAAAAAUGACUCUGUAUGGUUAUUUAUGUAUUUUGUACGGUUUAA